GCUUCAGGAAAUCACUUGGUGGAAAAAGCUUUCCUUUCUGUAAUCAAACCGCCCCAGCACAGAGUCAAACACACACUGAAGCGACAUCAAACUGUAGCAAAUGGACUCCUGGACUUUGAUACUGAAUCUGCGGUCUGUCCGUCGAUAGCACGGCCGGGUGUCGAGGCACCGGGCCGGGCCGGAACCAGAACCAGGCCCGGACGGACGGACACAUCCAGCGCUGCGACACCGGCGGGCAGCUGCGAGAGUGUGCAGGAACUGGCAUGCUCUCUGUAGGGGAAGUGCAGUGAGUUUUACCGUGACUUGCUGUCAGUAGCUGGACGGCAAGUUCUCCGGUACUUGAGGUUUAUCAGAUCGGAUGUAGAGGCUCGAGGCUGGAGCAUGGACCAGCGUGAAUUUAGCCAGAAGCGAGCUAACGCUAGCUAACACCGGAGUUAACGGACGUCAACUUUUGCUUGUUAAUUAGCGAGGCAGCGAGAGAAAAACAACGAGUAUGAGCGCCUCACUUUGGUUUAUGUGAAUGAAUAGGGGUUAUUUGAUAUCGCCUAACAUAUGUCAGUUCGCUCGUUAGCUAUUUUGUAGGCCUGAUAAAUGUUUCUGGAGCGAGUAUAGCGGUGUAGCUCAGUCGUUAGCUGCUAAGUUAGCCUGCCGCCCCGAUGAAAGAGUACAAAGUGGUCGUGCUGGGCAGCGGCGGCGUCGGCAAGUCCGCGCUCACCGUCCAGUUUGUCACCGGAACCUUCAUCGAGAAAUACGACCCGACCAUCGAGGACUUUUACCGAAAGGAGAUCGAGGUGGACUCGUCUCCCUCCGUGCUGGAGAUCCUGGACACGGCGGGGACGGAGCAGUUCGCCUCCAUGAGAGACCUGUACAUCAAGAACGGGCAGGGGUUCAUACUGGUCUACAGCCUGGUCAACCAGCAGUCAUUCCAGGAUAUCAGACCAAUGCGAGACCAAAUAGUGCGAGUGAAGCGCUUCGAGAAGGUGCCGUUGAUCCUGGUCGGUAACAAAGUGGACCUGGAAUCGGAGCGCGAGGUGGCCGGCUCAGACGGGAGAGCUCUGGCUCAAGAGUGGGGCUGUCCUUUUAUCGAAACUUCUGCCAAGAGCAAGACCAUGGUGGACGAGCUGUUCGCAGAGAUCGUCCGACAGAUGAAUUAUUCCACGCUGCCGGAGAAGCAGGAACAGUGCUGCACAGCCUGUGUGGUACAGUGAGGAAAGAGAUAUGCAUCAUUUGUGUGGAUCACCACAAGGAUUUUUGAUGAACCAUGACCCCGGGACAAG